AUGGCGGACCCUUUCGAAGUCCGCAUGCGAUUUACGAUGCAAUUACAACAUUUAAGUGCUGCCGUCGCUUCAUCCCAAAGAGCAGCACAAUAUGCGCUCAAGUUCCGCGAUAUGGAUGAGGACCUCCAUUCAUGUAUCUUAGAGCAGCUUGAGAGAAACAAUAUGAAUAAUAGGGCAAACAUCAUGUCCUUCAUUGAACAUUUCUGCGAAUUAGCCACCAAGGAAAACCAUCUCAACUAUGUCCGCAUGAUUCAACGAGACAUACUUAUCAUUGUGGAUGCCGUGGCACCGGCAGACGGCUCAGGAGCGGCGAACGUGAAGCAUGUGCGCCGUGUCUUGCAGGGCUUGCAGGACAAGAAUGUACUUUCCAGUGAGACGGUGACGGAAAUCGGCGCGGCCCUCAAAGAGCGAGAAACAAACCCCUCACAUGUUCUUGACGUUGAGGCACCAGAUAAUACCUCUGAGACUACGCCAAGGGUAUCAAAGGCGAAUGGCAAUAUUCGGGUCGAUAAAAGACAGAUUGAGCAGCGGAUCGAGGAAGACCGCGAACGCAAUAAAAGGCUACGCGAGAGCAUGUGGACGGUUAGUGGCGAUCAUAGAGGCGAACUCAAGCAGAGCUGGGAUGAAAUCAGCGAUAUUGGCGAUGACGAUUUCCUCGGUGCUGAAGAGGAAUAUGGCGAGAGGCAGCAGAUGAUCACUGCAUAG